CACCAAAUAAUAAUUUUCCCAAAAAGUAUAUCAGUGUUCAGUGACAUGCAGCGCAAUUUCUAAUUCUUAAAUACCAUGAAAUCUUGAUCAAGGAUAGUGCCUAAAUCGUCGAAGAUCUUAUAUUUUAUUUAUUUGCUAAUAAGGACAAACUAAAAACCUUAUUGCUAAGCUCACAUUAAUUACAUAUAAUUUUCAAUUCGCUUCUAUAUAAUCAAAAAGAAUUGUGCGUUAAUGACAAAAGGCACAACAAAGAAAAACAACAAAGUAUGAGUGUUGUGAUGAUGCAUACAUCAUUACAAAUUAAAGACAAAAUGCACCAACAUGGCAACAUAUCGCUGUUAUCGCAUUACUUUUUCUUCAAUCAUCGAUAUAUCUAUACCCCGUCCUGAAACGGUUCUGCAAUACUCAAAUGCGACUUAGGUUUUUUCUCUCGAGUUUCAAUGUUUUCAUGAAACUGAAUAAACUAAGUAAAUUGGUUUAUUUUAUCAAAUAACUAGAUCACGAUAUAUCUAACCAACCAAACCAAAUAAUGUCACUAGAUAGAUAGUUUAGAUUUUUUCUCGUUAUUAAAUAUGAAAAUAUAACACGCUUAUUUAAAUAUCAUUUUCUAUUAAAAUGGUGUAGCUAAAUAAUUCCGUAAAUUUAGUAAAAAAGCGCCUAUAAAAUACCCACCAGAAGAUUAAAGUCGCUCACACACACACACACAUAAAAAGAAACUAAAAAUGGUUAGGGUUUCAGUUUUAUCGUGUUUGUUUUUGUUGGUUAUAAUCAUGGUUAGUGUAUCAUUUGCCGAAAACAAUGAAGUGAAAUCGACUGAUUUGAAGAAAGUCCAAGGACAAGAAACUGAUCAGUCGAUCACUACGGUAAAUGAUGACGGUGAGCAUGAUGAUGACCACGAUCAAGAUCAUGACAAUGAUAAUGAUAAUGACGAUGAACAUGAUAAUAGCCACGAUCAUGACAAUGAUGAUGACGACGAUCACGACGAUGAUGAUGAUAACGAUCAUGAUCAUGACAAUGACAAUGAUCAAGAUAAUGAUCAUGAAGGUGAUGAUGAUAACGAUAAGGAUGAUCAUGACAAUGAUAAUGAAGGUGGUGAUGAUAGCGAAGAUAAUGAAAAGGAGACAUUGGGGGUAUACGAGCUAAAGAAGGGGAGUCUCACUGUCAGAUUUACAAAUCGCGGUGCUUCUAUCAUCUCUCUCCUUUUCCCCGAUAAAAAUGGAAAGACAGAGGACGUCGUUCUUGGGUAUGAUAGCGUCAAUGAGUACAUGAAUGAUACUGUAUUUUUUGGAGCGACUGUGGGACGUGUAGCCAAUACAAGAGAAAAGACCGUUGCCAACGAUGCUAAAAACACAAUUCAAGGUGGGAAGAAAGGGUUUGGUCAUGCGAUUUGGAGAGUUGCAAAACACAGAUAUAAUGGCAAGAAACCUUAUAUUGUUUUCACCUACACAAGUCCUGAUGGCGAUCAAGGAUUUCCGGGGAGACUAGACGUCACCGCGACGUAUACGUUGGUCGGAGAAAACCAACUAAAAUUGGUGAUGGAAGCAAAGGCUAGAGAGAAAGCAACUCCUGUGAAUUUAGUUCAUCAUUCUUAUUGGAAUCUUGGUGGUCAUAGCAAUGGUGAUAUAUUGUCUGAAGAAAUUCAAAUUCUCGGUUCCGGUUAUGCUCACGUCGACGAUAAUCUCAUCCCCACCGGAAAAAUCCUCUCCGUUAAAGGAACAUCAUACGAUUUUCUCAAACUCCGACCUAUUAAAGAUAACAUCAAUGAGAUUAAGCUAGGGCACGGUAUAAAUUAUUGUCUAGACGGUGUUGCUAACCAGAUGAGAAAAGUCGUGGUGCUUGUGGACAAAAAAUCGAAGAGGAAAAUGGAGUUAUCUACAGACCAGUCAGGUCUGAAGUUCUAUACUGGAGGAAGCUUGAAGACAAUGAAAGGAAUAAACGGAUCGGUUUAUAAAGCUUACUCCGGUUUAUGUUUAGAAACACAAAGUUUAUCCAGUGCAAUCAGUAAUCAGUAUCUUCCUUCGCAGAUAGUUAAACCGGGUGGAAAAUAUAAGCAUACUUUGCUCUUUAAGUUUUCUAUUGUUCCCUAAACUUUGUAACUUUCUGGAAGCUUAUAUGACCAGAAACAUAAUAAAAAUCAAAAACUUAAUUAUAUCAAUUUGAUGCGACGUGUGUGCUUAUAUAUAUAGGCGUGUACGUAAAAUUAAGUAGAAGGUAAAAUUAGUUUUGAUGUUCCAUUAACUAGUAUAUAUGCUUUUUUUUUGUCUUACAUAGACGAUACGAUAGAAUUGAUCUUUAGCAUGGUGCAAGGAGUACCGUCAGGAAUUGAUCUUAUAGGUCUAUUCAGGAUCAUGCAGUCAGACGUGAAUCCUCAUAAGGCAGGUAGAAUUGCAGGCUUUAACUAGUAUAUGCUAUAAAUACAAUUUUUUAAAUUAGAUGACUUCAGCAAUUUUUUUUUUUUUUUUUGCGAAAUAUAUUGAUAACCAACUAAAUAUGAGCAUCAGAGUCAAUACAAUAGGCUGACCAUCAAUUUAAGGUUCUAUGUGCAUACUAUUAUUAGUCACAGAUUAUGGUAUAAAAUACCCUAAAACAUGAAAGACAAGAACUAACAUCUCUUCUCGCCUCUUUUCCUUUAACAAACUAUUUGGAAUCUAAUUUCAAAUUCAACUAUUUGAAAUCUAAUUUCAAAUUGGUUGUUAAGGGAAAGUUGAGCUCUAGUCAUGGCAAAGAUCGCCUUGUUGCUUUUCGUCAUGGUCAUUCUGGUCUCUCUCCACGCUAAUGAAGCUCACCACCGUAAGGGAGAUCCAGCGCCUGAAAAAGACUUAACAGCCAAGAAAAAGAGCAUUCAAGGUUUGACAUCUGAGGUGAAACCGUUGAGCAAAUCUGAACAGGUGCUGAAUAAUAACCUUGAAAAAGAUCACAAUAAGAAAAAGGUGCUUUCAAAAAAAGAUCAGAAGAAGAAAUUAGAUUCAAUGGCUUAUGCACAGAAACUUAGAAGAUUCCGCAGGGUUACUAAAAUCAAGAGAGCACCUGCGAGAAAGAGGAAAUCUGAAUCCAUAAUCCAAUCGAUCUUGCAUGAUUUUGGAUUAAACGGAGGGAGAAACUGACGAAAAAUAACAAUUAGGGUUUGAUUCAUAUUGAUGACUUUAUAAAGGAUGUUUGAACCUGGUCAUGGAUUCUAGCUUUACAAGUGAAUGGAGAAAAUAAUUUCCCCAUAUUAUAUUAUUUACAUCAUAUUGUAAUUGAUAUAAUUUAAUGAAAUAUUACUACUUUUUUUAA